GGUCUCCAUUUCUCCCUCUCUUUUACAUAUGGAACCCUCAAUAAUAGCAUCUCUGUACUUGCCCACUAUACACACUCACACUCCAGAGCUUCUUGUCUAAUAAUCUGUUCAAUCUUGUGUAUCUUCAUGGGGAAAAUCAAACUCGGAAUCAAUGGAUUUGGAAGAAUUGGAAGAUUGGUCACAAGAGUGGCUUUGCAAAGAGACGAUAUUGAUCUUGUUUGCAUUAACGACCCCUACAUCACGGCCGACUACAUUGUCUACAUGUUCAAGCACGACACUGUUCACGGUGCAUGGAAGAAUUGCGAUGUGAAACUUAAGAAUGCAAACCACGUUUACUUUGGUAACAAGGAAGUCACCAUUUUUGCAAUCAGCCGAGAAGACGAAAUCCCUUGGUCCGGCCCCGGAGCCGAAUACAUCGUGGAUGCCUCUGGUACUGCCACCGAAAUCGAAUUUGCUCAGGGCCAUUUGAAGGGCGGAGCAAAGAAGGUUAUUGUCACUUGCCCGUGUGAUGGUGCUCCUGCGUUUGUUGUGGGUGUCAAUGAGAAGGAAUACAAGCCGGAGCUUAAUGUUAUUUCCGGUGCUAGUUGCACCACCAACUGCCUUGCCCCCCUUGCAAAGGUCAUUCAUGAUAAAUUUGGUAUCAUCGAGGGUCUGAUGAGCACUGUUCACUCAGUUACUGCUAGCCAAAGAGGUGUUGAUGGAACAUGUCCUAAUGAUUGGAGACCUGGAAAAGCUGCACCAACUAUCAAAGAUUGGAGAAUUGGAAGAGCUGCUUAUAUCAACAUCAUUCCCACUACUACCGGAGCUGCUAAGGCUGUUGGUAAAGUUCUACCUGACCUGGAUGGUAAAUUGACCGGAAUGUCAUUCCGUGUUCCUAGUCUUGAUGUUUCGGUGGUAGACCUAACAGUGAGGCUAGAAAAGCCGGCUACGUAUGAGGAAAUAAAAGCUGCCAUCAAGGAAGAGUCUGAGGGAAACCUGAAGGGAAUCUUGGGUUACACUGAAGAUGAUGUGGUCUCUACCGACUUUGAGCAUGACAGCAGGUCAAGUAUUUUUGAUGCAAAGGCCGGAAUUGCUUUGAACGAUAACUUCCACAAGUUGGUCGCAUGGUACGACAACGAGUGGGGAUACAGCACUCGCAUCGUUGACUUGAUGACCUACAUUGCGUCGUUUGAUUCAGCAUAAGGCAGCAAUAAAAGUAGUAUUGAAUCAAUGUCGAUAGUAUAUGUGUAGAUUUCGGUUCAUGGUUAACAGAUGCAGCAGCGGAAAAAUUUUUUGAUUCUAACAUAUGAACUCAAAAUUGGUCUGUGCCUGAUUAGAUGCUUCAGUACUUUGUAUUAGAGUAGCUAGAUCAGACAUUUUCACUAUUUGUGAAGUGUGGACAUUCCAGCUUUGACAAUUUCAGCUUUAUCCUAUUUAAAAUAGGAGUCUCUUACAAGCAUUAUAAUAUCAGAGUUGGUGGCCUUUCCGUU